AGUUAUGUUUUUGAGGUCUCAAAAACAUUUCCGUAGCCAGCACGUGCAUCCAACCUGUAAUUUAAAUAUCUCACACCACACCUAAACACACACUCAGGCUGCAAAGCACGCAUUUAUUCUGUACUGAUGCAUGUGUGUGUGUGUGUGUGUGUGUGUGUGUGUGUGUGUGUGUGUGUGUGUGUGUGUGUGUGUGUGUGUGUGUGUGUGCGCGCGUGUGUGUGUGUGUGUGUGUGUGCGCGUGUGCGUGUGUGUGUGUGUGUGUUGGACCACCUUAAAUCGCUACUCGCAGCACCACGUGACCGUAUUCCUGGAAAGUUCCUGGAAAUGCUUCUUUUGUGUUCGUGGUGCUCUCGGUUAUUCAGCGGCUCGGCAGACACGCUCUGUCCCGAGCUCAGAGCCUGAAGGACGGACACGAUGUUCGCACUCGCUCGGUGUUUAUCUCGCUGUGGUUAAACGCAGAUAAGUCGGCGUUCUGUUGUUUUGACGUCGCCGCGGCUCUGACUGAUACAUUUUUGACGGAGGGGGAGGCUGCUCUCUUCGACACUUGGAUCCCCGGACCAGAGCCGCUGUUUGUGGGCUAAUAACCUCAGGAGAACCGGACGGAUCAGAAGAACACAUGACCGGUCCGACCGGGUCUGCGGAUUUAACCCGGGAUGAUAUAGGCAACAUGUCGGGCUAAUGCACACGGAGGAUAAACUGGCAUCGCUACUUCUCAACCCACGGAGGACCGUGCAGACCAGGUGACCCCCCCCUCCUCCCCUCCUCCCUCCUUCUGCUACAGAGCCUGUCCCAUGUCUAAUCUGUAGGCCUAACACUAGGCUGAAGGUUGGACCUGUCCAAUGACCUGCCAGUCCUCUGAGUCCACAGAAAGCAUCGAGAGUGACCGACGAGCCGACAACAACUCCAGGAGUGUGGAAUCAGACGAGAGCCGCAUCGCGUUAGCCAUGAAGGACCUGAGGAACACAGGCUGGUACUGGGGCAGUCUGACGGCUAACGAGGCCAAAGAGAUCCUGCAGGACUCGUCUGAGGGGACCUUUCUGGUGCGGGACAGCUCUCAGAGGGACUACCUGUUCACCAUCUCGGCCAUGACGUCGGCGGGUCCCACCAACCUGCGGAUCGAGUACAAACACGGGAAGUUCAAGCUGGACUCAGUGGUUCUUGUGAAGCCGAAGCUGAAGCAGUUUGACAGUGUGGUCCACUUAGUGGAGCACUACGUCCACCUGUCCCGGACCGGCGACAGGCCUGGGGCGUCAAACUCGCAGCCCUCAGGGGUGCCAAACGGCACAGUGCAGCUGCUGCUCACCAAACCUGUGUACACGGCCACGCCUCCUCUGCAGCACUUGUGCCGCAUCGCCAUCAACAGGAGGACUCGGCGGGUCCAGGAUCUGCCUCUGCCCAACAGACUCAAGGACUACCUGACAGACUACAGUUACCACGUGUAGACAUGGAGCAGGACUCACUGUGUGCUGUCUCAGCAUGCACUGCUCCCUCAAAUCUGAGAGGAGCUGCAGGAAUAUCCAGAUACUGGACCGCAGGGAGGACUGGCCUGUGCUGGACCCAUCGGCCCUGGUCUGAGGUUCUGUAACAGACCACAAACUGACCUAAAUGCUGCCUUUACAUGUCCGUUAAAAAAAAACAGAGACGCUGAUUUAGUCUUAAAUCAUAACUCCAGACAGUCACAGGUUUUAUGAAUCACAGAGAAGAGACGCUGGGGGUCCAGGUCUGACUGAAGCACUUCAGACUGCAGCUUAUUGAUUCAGCGAUUUAUCCUCACAAUGUAAAACAAGAGUUGGAAAAAUCUGCUCAUAAUAAUCUAUUAAAGCCCACAGUGAAGUCUUUGCCACAGUGUCAACAGGCAGACGUGGAAUGCAGGACUUCUUUACGCGGAUUGAUUUGAUAUGACCUGUGAGAUCAGGUUGUCCCUUGCUUCACUUUGCUAACAGGAAAUAAUAAACCUUUACUGUGAAAUUUGGACCAAAUAGCAUUAACUAUUUAAGAUGGCCUGGUAAUAAGUAAGAAAGUAGGGUGAACAGUUCAGCUAGAUCCGGCUCUGUUUGUGUCAGAAAUUCAACAACUGGCAAACAUUAAACAAGAAAGUCUGCUUCCUGGAAGUCUUAACAAGAAUGUCUUUAAAGUAUUUUUCAGUCUUAAAGACUUUAAAGCGAUUAGCUGCUGCAGCUCUGAUUCUGACUGAAACAGAUCUUUAAAAAAACAGGUCACAACAAUGAAACCAGAAUUAGUUUGCUGUACGAGGUGCCAUUGUUCCUGUUUGUAUUCAGAGUAAUAUAGACCAAUCAAGUUUGAGCUGAAUCUCUGUAAACAAACACAGGUGUGAAAUCUGAUUGGUGCUCUCUAACACUGAUGUCACAUUUAAGGCGGUACUGUAAUCCUUAUAUUGGUGUCAGAACAACUCAUUAUCUCUCAACUUCAUUCUGGUGUCUGAAGUCUGAUAGAAAUCGAUGAUGUAGAAACUGAAAUCUGGGCCCUGAAGUGUGAUGUCACUGCAAGACGGCACUUAGAUUUGCUCUACAGACGUAAACUGAGAUCCAUGAAACACCUGGACUUCCAGCGUCGCUCAUUUCCGAUUUUUUGUCUCCGUUAGAGCUCAAUGUUUUGUUUUGUUUUCUGGAUUCUUCAACUUUCACAGCAUCAGUUCUUACAAGGACUUCUGAACAUGUUUCCAGCAGGAGCAGAAAGAGGCAGACCGAAGCAGUGGAUGUCUGAGCGAUCAGUAAACACGCUGCUUAUAUAUGAGAUGAUUUUCUACAGACAUUCAGGAGGGUAAUUAUCGCUGUUUUAUUACUCUGAGUAAUUUAUUGUUAGAGACCUUUGUGUUGAUGUUUCCAUCAGAGUCGCAGAAAAUAUCUGAUCAAUAUUCCUGUCCUCAAACAAGUUGUUUUUUAAACUUCACUGUUUUCUAAAUGAGGUUCUGUUGAUCCUAAAAGCCUUUUUUUUUUCAUGCAGCUGAAACAAUAUUUAUACAACAUGAAAUUCUACUUUAUGAAAUCACAGUUUGUCAUUAGACAACACUGCAUGCAGAAUUUUUUCAGAUGAUUUUAUAAAAAGCCUGCAAAACAAGGAGUCGAAAAGCAAACAUUUUGAGGAGUGUUAUCAUCAUCGGGUUUUAUUUUAUUGAGUAAUUUAUUCAUUUUUUAUUUGCCAUACAAGUGAUGAUAACAGAGAGCGUGUUACUGUUGUUAAAACUCCCUCGGCUCUUAAAGACAAUUCAUUUCCUUUCAAACAUCAGGAGAUCAUCAUAAAUUGAACUGAAGGGGAAUCUAACAUGUCUCCUCCAGGUGACAGAAACUUAAUUUUUCUCGUCAUUUAUCUCUUUUUUUUUUUUGUUCGCAGAAAAAACAAGAAAUGUGUCAAAGUUUAAUUCUCUCUAAGAAACAUCUUUAUAUUUAUUUAUUUAUUAUUUAUUGAAUCUGUCCAACCAAAAGUCCAAACUGAUAUUUAAUUUGAUCGUCAUUUUACAUGAAUAAAGCAGCAAAUGUUCUCGUUUGAGUUCCUUGAAAAGAGACUUUUAUGCAAGCCUGUUGCUGAUGAAUGUUUCAUUGAUUGACCAAUCGAGUGAUAAAUAAAGGUUUCAGCUCUGAGUUCAGUUCGCUGUGUCGAGUUUUAUAAAAUAAAAAGCUUCUUUUAA